CAAGAGCCACUCAUUGCCGAUGACUUAAUUGGCGGCACAGCUCCGGUGCACCCAAGCCUUGGGGACCAAGUGACUGUCCCCCCCACUCCAGAGGAAGACCACAAUGCGGGGCUGCCUGCAAGCCCCGCACAACAGCUGCUUCCUCCGUGCGCUCUCCCCGGCGGCCCGCUGGAGAGGGAGGGAGGCGGAGGAAGGGAGACCCUCCGGGGAAGGUCCAGGCUUCUGGGUCCCUUAGGUAUUCCGCCCAGCACGUCCCAACCCAGGCCUGAGGGAAGGCAGGGGGAGAGUGCGCCACCGCCAAACCACCCCUACCUCACCACCGGAAAAACCCAGCAACCCCAAACCCCAGAGGAAGGAGGGCGCCAAAUGUCUUCAUGAAAAGCCAUUCACAACCGGGGCCGCUCGCUCUGUCCAUGGCCCUGACUCGGAGCGUUCCCCGCUGAGUCACCCGCGAAGCCUCUGGUGUUGAAACUGGUCCGGUGCCUCCUGUGAUUAAUGAAUUACAAGUCCCCCACCCCGUGCACUCGGCUGGUCACAGGGAAGAAGCAGAGCCUCGGGAACUGGAGGGGGCGCCGGCGGUGGGCCCUGCCCGGCCCCCUGGGGGCACUGCAGGCCAGUCAGUCACCUGCCCCAGCCCGGCGCCUCGCGGGGCUCCAGCUUUGGGAAACGGGACUGGCGGCGGGACAAUAGCAAGGGGGGCGGUCAGCGCAGACAAAGGGCAGCAGGAAAAAAGCCAUCACUUGCUCCGAGGCCAGCUCGCUGGCAUUUGGGAGAAUGUGUCACUGCGUUUACUCAAGGGGGAGGGGAGGCUGGAGAUGGGGGGCAGAGGUAGGGUGGCAGCAGAGACCCCGCACCCGGCGAGGGGCCCGGGGCAGGCACCCCAGGCCCACCGAAGCGGGAAGCCCACCCCAGGCCGCGCGCUGCACGGGCCCUCGGGGCUCUGCGCGCCGACGGGUGCCCUCCCCGCCCCCUCCCCGAGGAGGCCCGGGUGGUACCGCGGCAGCCUCGCCUCACCUCACCCCCCCUCGGUGCAGUGGGAGGGAGAGGAGCCCCAGAAGCCCUCCCUUCCCUCCUCCCCCCGCCUCCCCCACCCCGGGGAGGGCCGCUACAAUUUGCGGUUACAGCUUUACACGUCAGAAAAAAAAAAAAAGUUUGCAGAAUGUCCCACACCGAAAAAAAAAAAUCCGAAACCGAGCGAAAAAAACCUGCGAGUGGGCCUGGCGGAUGGGAUUAUUAAAGCCUCGCCGGAGCCGCGGCUCGCCCUCCCGCUCCGCCAGCCUCUGGGAGAGGAGCCGCGCCCGGCCGGCCCGGCCCCCGGCCCCAUGGACCUCCGAGCAGGGGACUCGUGGGGGAUGUUAGCUUGCCUGUGCACCGUGCUCUGGCACCUCCCUGCAGUGCCAGCUCUCAACCGCACAGGGGACCCGGGGCCUGGCCCCUCCAUCCAGAAGACCUAUGACCUCACCCGCUACCUGGAGCACCAACUCCGCAGCUUGGCUGGGACCUACCUGAACUACCUGGGCCCCCCCUUCAACGAGCCUGACUUCAACCCACCGCGGCUGGGGGCAGAGACUCUGCCCAGGGCCACGGUCAACCUGGAAGUGUGGCGAAGCCUCAAUGACAAACUGCGGCUGACCCAGAACUACGAGGCCUACAGCCACCUCCUGUGUUACCUGCGGGGCCUCAACCGUCAGGCUGCCACGGCCGAGCUGCGCCGCAGCCUCGCCCACUUCUGCACCAGCCUCCAGGGUCUGCUGGGCAGCAUUGCAGGUGUCAUGGCGGCCCUGGGCCACCCACUGCCCCAGCCCCUGCCCGGGACUGAGCCCGCCUGGGCCCCUGGCCCUGCCCACAGCGACUUCCUCCAGAAGAUGGACGACUUCUGGCUGCUGAAGGAGCUGCAGACCUGGCUGUGGCGUUCAGCCAAGGACUUUAACCGGCUCAAGAAGAAGGUGCAGCCCCCGGCGGCUGCGGUCACCCUGCACCUGGAAGCCCACGGCUUCUGAUCUCUGACCUUAGCCAUCUCCCCCCUCCCCCUUCAAAGCCCGCUCCCCUCUGGAGGGAGAGGUCUGUGAGCCCACAGACAGACACGUGAGCCUCUGGCCCUCCCCUGGACUGGGGUGGGGGUGUCAUGCAAUAAGCCCUGUCCCCUCCCCAUUUCCCAGAGUCCUACGGGUCUGGGGAAGAGGUGCAAUAGGCCUGUUUCCACAGGAAGUGAUGCCCCAGGGAGUCCAGAGGGGUUCAGGUUGGUGCCACGGUUCUCACGGUCUCCCGCCUCUCCCCAGCACUUGCCAGUAGCGAGCGGGCCCCUCAAGCAGCCCUUCCAGACGCAGUCCACGGCAGGGUGGGGGCCGCCCGGCGUGUGCCUUCUUGGGGUGGAGCCCUUUGGCUGCUCCACUGCCUUGGAUGGGUGCUGCUCUCCAGCCCCCCAGUGUGACACCUCCCGAUUAGGAGACAAACAUGGCCACGAGUCGAACAAGAAGAGAUGGGAUUCAAAGUGGAAGGGGCAGGGGCUGCCCUGGAGGUGGCCUGGCGGCCAGAAGAGGUGGGGCUGACGGCAGAGGACGGACCAGACCCCGCAGUCCCCAGCGUCACGGUGCCUCCCCGCGCCCUCUCCCAGGCUAUCUGUGGCUUGCCCGGGCUGGGGAGGGCGGCCACGGCCACGGCCGCGGCCACGGCCACAGGCUUUCCUGAAAGUUUACAUUGCGGUAGCAUUUUGGGGUGUGGGGUGGAAGCUCCCCCAGGCCCUUCCCCCAGCCCCACCCACUCAUGACUCUUAAGUUUGUUGUAUUAAUAUUUAUUUAUUUGGAGAUGUUAUUUAUUAGAUGAUAUUUAUUGCAGAAUUUCUAUUCUUGUAUUAACAAAUAAAAUGCUUGCCUCAGAA